AUGGCUACUAAUGAGACUUCUAUUAAUGAUUUUACCACACCCAAGAUGUCUACCACUGUACAUGUAACCACUGCCACCACCAAGAUGGCCACUGCCACUUCUAACAUGGAAACUGCCACAUCCAAGAUGGCUUCUUCAGGAUUCAAAACCAUGACCUGCAAUCCUAAUAUGCCACUUGAAAUGGCAGAGGGUUUACCACCUUCUGCUGGUAUGAUUAUUCAACUUAUACAAAAUUUGAGAGUGGAUUUAAAGAAUGACUUUAGAAAAGAUUUUGACACUAUGUACAGAGUUUUAGAAAACAUUGGUCAACGUACAGAAGAUGUUGAAUACAGAAUGCAGGUGCAAGAACAAUCACAUUUAGAUCUGGUUAACACUGUGAAGGAACUUCAGAAACAGGUCAACUUGCAAGCGGAAAAAAUGGCAGAUUCUGAAGACAGAAGCAGGUGUAACAAUUUGAGGAUCAGGGGGAUACCUGACAAUGUGGAAACCUCGAACUUGAUACAUUAUUUCCAAAAAAUUGUUAAAAUGAUUUUACCCAAAGCUACUGAUUUAGAUCUAAUAGUGGAUCAUAUCCACAGACUCCCUAAAUCUGCAACAGCUCCAAAAGACACCAUAGUGAGACUACACUUUUUUCAUAUAAAACAGGAAAUCCUGAGCACUGUUGGCAAAUCAGGUCUCCCUGCGGAUUAUAAAUAUAUCAAAGUUUUCCAAGAUUUCUCAGCCUACACUAUGAGACGCCAUAGAGAAUUUCAACCCUUCACGACAGAGCUGAGACAAAGAGAGAUUCGUUACAGAUGGGGAUUCCAUUCCAAAUUUCACAAUCACUUCUUCUGA